UAUACACACAUAUUCAACUGCCUAAAAUUCGCUCCAAAUCCUCUUCAUAUCCGACGAAGCCCCAUAAUUCCCUGCUCAACCAGUCAUCCUCCAUCUCUUGCCAGCACACUUAGAAAACGAGUGAAAGCAUCCCAAUAUGGUAAACAGCCUCUGAAUUUGGUACAAGUAAUUUGGAAGGGCCACAUAACCAGACCGAAAUCUUCUAUAUACUCCUCUUCUUUUGAUAAAAAUGUCGGCCGCCGUGGGAGCUAUCUCUGCAACCAAAGAUGUUACUUUCAGUUCUCAAAGGGAGGAAGAGGAGCUAGUUAAGAAUGAUGACAUGAAAAACACGGCUGCACUUGGUGAUGAUCAACCAAGCCUAAGCCAGCUUCCCGAAGGUGAUGAUCAUAAUGCGGAGGAGGGUGACCUAGACGAAGAGGAUGAUGAGGUUGCCGCAUUGAAAUCUGAAAAGGAAUUGGUCCUUGGCCCUCAGUUUUCUCUCAAGGAGCAGCUUGAGAAAGAUAAAGAUGAUGAGAGUUUGAGGAAAUGGAAGGAACAACUUCUUGGGAGUGUUGAUCUCUCUACUGCUGGAGAAAGCAAAGAACCAGAAGUGAAGGUCUUAAGCCUCACAAUCAUGUGCCGGGGCCGGCCGGAUAUUGUCCUCCCAAUUCCAUUCACAAACAAACCCAAGAGCAGCCUCUUCACACUGAAAGACGGAUGCCAUAUGCGCAUGAGGUUUACAUUUACUGUCUCCAAAAACAUAGUCUCAGGCCUCAAGUACACCAAUACAGUGUGGAAGACUGGUGUCAGAGUGGACAACUCAAAAAGAAUGCUUGGAACUUUUAGCCCUAGGCAAGAUCCCUAUACAUAUGAGACUGAAGAAGAAACUGUCCCUUCAAGCAUGUUUGCCAGGGGCUGGUAUUGUGUGAGAACAAAAUUUCUGGAUGAUGAUGGAAAAUGCUACUUGGACAUGAGUUACUACUUUGAAAUCCAGAAGAAGUGGCCAAAAUCCUCUUGAAACUUUCCAUCUGUUAUGAGCAUUGGCUUGGUCAUCAAAAUCAAAUGGUCAUGUUUAAUUAGUGUAUCUCUCCAUUUGUACUUUCUUGUCAGCUUUGGGUUUGGUACUAAAUGCUUCAAAUGAGCACUUUCAGUGAAUAAUGUUGUAUCUUGUAAUCAUACUUGGCACAAUGCAAUCCAUAUUUUAAUUCAAUGAGAAAGCACUGCCAUAUGACAAGGCAUGCAUA